AUGAAUGCUGAGUUGUUGAAGCCUUUCAUGAGCGAAGACGCCAAGGAAGCUAUAUUUCAGAUGGGCCCUUUAAAAGCACCUGGUCCAGUUGGUUAUAGGGCCUAUUUUUAUCAGACUCAUGUUUACAAAGCUAUCACCAAGAUGCUUGCCAAUAGAGAAACUUUGAUCUUGCCUGAUAUUGCUUUUGCUCCUAGGAGACUAAUUAGUGAUAAUAUCAUGGCGGCAUAUGAAACACUCCAUACUAUGAAAACCCAAUUAAGUGGUAGGCAAGGCUAUAUGGCUUUAAAAUUGGACAUGAGCAAAGCCUAUAAUCGAGUGGAGUGGGACUGUUUAGCAUCUAUCCUGUCUAAACUGGGAUUUGCCGAUCAAUGGGUUGAUUUAGUUCUCACCUGCAUUAAUUCUUCAUCCUUCUCAGUCAUGGUGAAUGGGGUUCCUUUCCAAUGGUUCUUUCUACAAAGCGGGUUAAGACAAGGCUACUCGUUGUCCCCAUAUUUGUUCAUCCUUUGUGCUGAGGCUUUAAGCUCUCAAUUAACUUCUACUAUGCAACAGUGUUAUCUAGUGUGCCUAUAG